AUGAGCUCAACGAACAAUGAAAAGGAUGCCGAAUCGGGUGUACCCCUCAUGGCCAUGCCUAGAGCUUCAGACGUCGAGAAAGACCUGAGUGGAGCUCACGCUGAAGUCAAGGCGUCCCCUCGUUCAGCCGGCCAAGCAAAGAAGAUCUCUAUCCCCGCGUACAUCAUCAUCCCUAUCUGGAUGGCCUGUUCCAUCACUGUCAUCCUGUACAACAAAUACAUCUAUGACCCCCUUCAAUUCCCUUACCCUGUCUUUUUGACAACUUGGCAUCUUGCCUUCUCAGCCAUCGCUACCAGAGUACUGCUGAGGACUACCACCCUCGUCGACGGAGUCAAGGACAUUGAGAUGACUCGAGACCGAUUUGUCAAGAACAUUUUACCUAUCGGUGCCUUGUUCUCUGGAUCCCUGAUCUUGUCCAAUUAUGCCUAUCUUACUUUGAGUGUCCCUUUCAUCCAAAUGCUCAAGGCCUUCAACCCCGUGGCCAUUCUCUUGAUCUCGUUCGCAUUCAGGAUUCAGGAGCCCAACGGCAGAUUGAUGCUCAUUGUCUUUAUGAUCUCCCUCGGCUGUUCUCUUGCUGCUUACGGAGAACUGCACUUUGAAAUGUUCGGAUUCAUCUGUCAAUGCUUGGCCCUCCUUUUCGAAGCCUCGCGAUUGAUCAUGAUUCAGCUUCUCCUCCACGGGCUCAAGAUGGACCCCAUCGUGUCGUUGCACUACUUUGCGCCCGUUUGUGCCGCCAUCAACCUGCUCAUCAUCCCUUUCACUGAGGGCAUGGAACCAUUUUACGCCCUUCACCGGGUCGGUAUUCUCGUCCUUUUCACCAAUGCCGGUAUCGCAUUUGCGCUGAAUGUUGCUGCGGUCUUCCUCAUCAGUGUUGGCUCAGGACUCAUCUUGACCCUUGCCGGUGUUUUCAAGGACAUUCUACUGAUCUCUGCAUCUGUCUUGGCCUUUGGAUCUCCCAUCACUCCUAUCCAGGUUGUUGGAUACUCCAUUUCACUCGCUGGUCUGGUUACUUUCAAGCAGACUGGAGGCAAGUAG